UCCUAGGACUGUCAUGUAACAGCUUAAAAUUUUCAUGUAAAAACAGAAAAUGGCUUCAAGAGGAGCAACGGAGACCUGUAAACUAAAACAAAACUUAGAAGAGCAGUUGGAUAGAUUAAUGCAGCAGCUUCAAGACCUGGAGGAAUGCAGAGAGGAGCUGGAUGCAGACGAGUAUGAAGAGACCAAAAAAGAAACUCUAGAGCAGCUGAGUGAGAUCAAUGACUCCCUGAAGAAGAUUAUGUCUGGAGAUAUGACUUUGGUGGAUGAGCUCAGUGGGAUGCAACUGGCAAUACAAGCAGCCAUCAGCCAAGCAUUUAAAACUCCAGAAGUAAUUAGGAUGUUUGCAAAGAAACAACCAAGGCAAUUGAGGACAAGGUUGGCAGAGAUGGAUCGAGACUUAAUGGUUGGGAAGUUGGGACGAGACCUGUACACACAGCAGAAGGUAGAAAUCCUGACUGCCCUCAGAAAGCUGGGUGAGAAGUUGACUCCAGAUGAUGAGACGUUCUUGUCAGCAAAUGCUGGUGCAGCCCUGAGCCAGUUUGAGAGAGUCUCCACUGACCUUGGAUCAGGAGACAAAGUCUUUGCUCUAGCAAGUUUUGAAGUAGAAAAGGCAAAGCAAUGAAGAGGUGCGUGAGGCUUGUGUCUCUCCGGUUAGCAGCAUUGGACUUCUGUCGUAUUGCAUUUGUUUUUUCUAUUUUUAACAUGUUGAAAAAAAGCAAAGGAAAACAAACCCAAAACCCUAAACCUCUUGGGUUCUUAACCAGAAGAUACGAAGUAAACAGCCUUAAGUGCACUUUGGAACCUUGGUGUCUGUUGUACCCCUCAGUAAUAUAAGCUCUGAGGCUGAAUACUAAGUGGUACACUGAAAACAAAAGCGUGGUAUGACUGUCUUCGGAAAGAGUCAACUAUUUUGAACUUUUCUGAAUGUGUAUUUCUCUUGACUAUUAAAACGUUGUCUUUUUGC